AUGGGCUCCUUUGGACAGGAUAUAAUCGACCUUUUCCGUGGUCAUCCAAACCCCGGCUUAUUACCCAUGACCGCCCUGGCUGAGGCCUCCGCCGCGGUCAUGGGGUCGCCGGAUAUCAGCAAACAAGCCUUGCGGUAUGGCCCCGAUGAAGGUUAUGGGCCGCUGCGACAACAUAUCGCUCAGUGGCUGACGUCAUUCUAUCAGCCCCGCGAUCCCAUUUCCCUCGAUCGUAUCUGCAUCACGGGCGGCGCCAGUCAGAACUUGGCCUGCAUCCUGCAGGUCUUUACCGAUCCCAUCUAUACCCGAAAUGUCUGGAUGGUGGCACCCACGUAUUUCCUGGCAUGUCGGAUCAUGGAUGAUGCCGGGUUCACAGGUCGCAUGCGAGGAAUUCCGAUGGACGAGUUGGGUUUGGAUUUGGCGUAUCUCCGUCGGGAGUUGAUCGCAGCGGAGGAGAAAGCGAGCGCUGAAGGCAAUUCCAAGCCUGUACGGUAG